AGCCAGAGCUUUCUGGAGCCUGUCCUGCAAUGUGGGUGUUUUUUCACUCUAAGGGAGAGGGCAAGCCAAAGAGUUAGGUAUGCAAAAUGCAAGGAGGAGGAGGAGUUCAUGAGUCAGAGAAAGAAAGGUGCUCAGCCUGGCAGGCAGUGAGCCACUCAGUCAUCUUGGGCACUGGGGAAGCCUAAGGUCUACUUCCGCAGGAUGAUGCUGUUUAAGAAAGGGAGGCUGCUGGCGUUCCUGUGUUCCCAGGUGAUAGUUGUAGCUCUCUUCGUCCACAUGUCCGGUCAUAGACACUUGUUCCAGAGGGAGGAGUCCAGGAGGCCUGUGCACGUGCUGGUCCUGUCUUCCUGGCGCUCGGGGUCCUCUUUUGUGGGACAGCUUUUUGGGCAGCACCCGGAUGUGUUCUACCUGAUGGAGCCUGCCUGGCACGUGUGGAUGACUUUCACCAGCAGCACAGCCUGGAAGCUGCACAUGGCCGUGCGGGAUCUUCUGCGUUCCGUCUUCCUGUGUGACAUGAGCGUCUUUGAUGCCUACAUGAACCCGGGCCCCCGAAAACAAUCCAGCCUCUUCCAGUGGGAGCAAAGCCGGGCCCUGUGCUCUUCGCCUAUUUGCGACUUCUUCCCUGCUGACCAGAUCAGCUCGCCCAAGCAUUGCAAGCCGCUCUGCAGUCAGCUGCCCUUUGAUAUGGUGGAGAAGGCCUGCCGCUCUCACAGCCACGUGGUACUCAAGGAGGUGCGUUUCCUCAGCCUGCAGGCCCUGUAUCCACUGCUCACAGACCCUUCCCUCAACCUGCACAUCGUGCACCUGGUCCGAGACCCGCGGGCUGUGUUCCGAUCCCGAGAACACACCACAGCAGAACUCAUGAUUGACAGUCAUAUUGUGCUAGGGCAGAAUUUGAAAAUGAUCAAGGAGGAAGACCAGCCCUAUUAUGCCAUGAAGAUCAUCUGCAAAAGCCACGUGGACAUAGUCAAGGCCAUCCAAACCCUACCUGAAGUUCUGCAGCGGCGUUACCUGCUCCUGAGGUAUGAGGACCUGGUCCGGGCACCUCUAGCUCAGACUUCCAGACUGUAUAAAUUUGUGGGGUUGGACUUUUUGCCUCAUCUCCAAACCUGGGUUCACAAUGUCACCCGUGGCAAGGGCAUGGGUCAGCAUGCCUUCCACACUAAUGCCAGGGACGCCCUCAACGUCUCCCAGGCAUGGCGUUGGUCCUUACCUUAUACAAAGGUUUCUCAGCUUCAAGAUGACUGUGGUGAAGCUAUGGAUUUUCUGGGAUACCUCCAGGUCAGAUCCCAACAAGAGCAAGGCAACCUGUCCCUGAAUCUUCUGUCCUCUUCCCGUAUCUUGGGGCAGGUCUUCCAAGAAGGUUAACGAGGUCUGUCUGCACCCCUUGGUUCCAGCCUCAGUCGCCAUUAAACACACGGAAACCUUAAGUAAGGUAUGAACAAACUGAGCACCCAUUUAUCCUCAGUCCCAAGCAGAGGAGUCUCUUUUAUACUCAGGUCUAUACGGCCAAGCCUAAAAGGCCAAGAAACAAUAUCUUUCUGUCUUGAACAUUCUUAGGAGCCUUGAGCAGCCCCUUCGGCCCUUCAAGCAAGACUAUCGUCUUUCUUGUUUCCUCAGCCUUCCUACCUGGGCAUACCUCACAGACUACGGUCUGAAGGCCUAUUGGACACAGCAAGCAGCAUCCAUGGAGUGAGUCUGUAAACCUCCAUGAUCACAGCUUCCCAAUAAGAAGGGGUAGAAUAAGAGUCAGGGAGGGGUUGGGGAUUUAGCUCAGUGGUAGAGCACUUGCCUAGCAAGUGCAAGGCCCUGAGUUUGGUCCUCAGCUCCAGGAGGAAAAAAAAAAAAAGAACCAUGGAAACGGGACUUUCACUGAAGAGUUCCCAGCAACUUCCACAGAGACAUGAACCUCAAGGUUUCCAGAGAAUUUGAGGAAGCAGGGGUGGAUGCUUACCUGAGAGUCUGUCCAUUGCAGGAAUCAGAAACAGGAAGCAGAGUCCCCAAACAUCAGGGCCAGAGCUCAAGUUCAAGGUGUGUCAGGUACAGAUAGCAUCUCGUCUCAGUGUUUUCCUGCCAUAUGGGACUCUGACCUGUGUAACUGCCUCCCAGUGAUAUGAAAAUUAUACCCUCAGCUUCUGUUCUGAAAUCCCCGUGUAUGUUGUCUAAGGACCAGUCACCAAUGCUCAUUCUCAUGGGGUUCUAACCACAGACAUAAUCACCUUGGUAGAGAGCUGUAUUGUCAUUUACUAUUACCUAACACAUAGAACGCUGCCCCUUUUGGAGUCAGAUGAUAAACUGAGCCUCAGCUCUCUUCAGAGCUGAUGGAAGGCAGAUACAUUAGCGACUUGCCUGCAGUGGAACUCUGUGGCCGAAUGCAACUUCGGGGAGAACAGGUUUAUUUUUGGCUGAUAAACCCUAGUCGGGCUCCAGCUCAUCGUGGUGGGAAAGGCAUGGUGGCAGCUGUGUGCAGCUGGAAGACCACAUUUCUCCCACGUGCAGGAGGCAGAGAGAGAGAACGGGACAUCAGACCAAGCUAUAGAACCUGAAAAACCCCCCCGCAGGGACAUACGUACGUCUCCAGAGAAGCCCCACCUUCUGAGAGUGACAUUAACUUUCCCAAACAACGGCACCGACUGGGACAACAUAUUGAAAGGCAGAAGCCUGUGUGUGACGUUGUACAUUCAAGCUACAACAGCUGACACCCAGCAAACCAGCCCUUUCAUGGACAAUGCACACAUCGUAAUAAGGUGUGCACUAUUCUGGGGUCUCUGUACGUAAUUCUUUUAGUCUAAUUCCUCAGCCAGAAGACCUCGGUUCUAGUACUCAUCUCCUCCUGUGGUCACCUCCCCUAAUAAGGAAAGUUCCUUCUCCCAGUCUCUGUAGAUAUCACCGGAUUCAGCUGGGCUUCAAGACCAUCUGGUACAAGUGUGCACUGCCAGGUGCUUCCUCAAGUCUAAUGGGAUCAGAGCCUCUCGGUGUGGGACUCUAGAUGCUCACCACACUGCCCAGCGGGCUCUCCAGGGUCUAGAGACUUCUCCUGGCCCAAGGUGUGUCCCUAUGUUAGGCAGCAACGAAAUUCACCUCCUGUCUCCAAGACAUGCUGAGCACCUUUCUUGCUGCCACUACCACUGGGGUGUAAAGAACAAAGAUAGGUGUCUACUUAAGGGUCUGGAGAGGUGGCCAAGGUCAAGAGAACGCUCUUGGAGAGGAAACCAAGUUCAGUUCCCAGCACUUGUGUCUUAUGGUUCACAAUUACCUGUAACCCCAACUUGAGGAUCUGGCCCUCUCUUCUGGCAUCCAUAGGCACAUGCACGUACACUGCACACUUACGCAGACAAGACAGACUGACAGACACACCUAGAGACACACCCAGACACAGACACACAGAGAGACAGACAGUAUCCACAGAGGUCUGGAAUUUUAUGAACGUCUGAGCUAUGACUUUAUUUUUAAAGGACUUAUUUGGUCCAAAUCCAACAGGUUCCACCAUUUUUGAAAUUACUUUCAACUUGUCAUUCUUUCUUGCUUCAUAAAGCUUCCUCAGUGUCGGGUCAGGACCCUCCCCCUCCAUUAUUCUGAGCAGCAACCAAGUGCUCUGUCCUCUGAGACACUUGGUCAGCUCACCGCCUUUGCUAGCAGGAUUGGCUAGCACUGACGAGUACACUGCUGCAAAAAUUGUAUUCGGGUGCCAAACCCAAGCAACUCUCAGAACCGCUCAAGAGCUGACAACCUGGAGCUGGAGAGACGGCUUAGCUGGUCCAUUGGUCGCCACACGUGCAGGAAUUCAGAGGCCCAGAACCCAUGUUAAAAAGCCGAGCAUGGUGGUGUACAUCUAAGAUCUCAGUGUUACUGUGCAGGAGGGGAAUGGUAGGCCUGGCCAAAUGCAUACACUUCAGCUUCAAAGAGAGACCUCACCUCAAAAAACUAAUGCAUAGGGGCUGGAAAGAUGGCUGAUCUUCCAAAAGACCUGGGUUUACUUCCUAACACUCACAUGUGGUAUACAGACAUAUAUGCAGGCAAACACCUAUUUGCAUAAUAAAUAAGUAAAUUUUAAACAUUUAUUUUUUUUAGAGAAAAAUGGGAACCUCAACUACAAUUUGACUAUUUCUAUUUGCACCUCCGGUGUGGUCUCGCUUUCUGUGUCAUGACGGCGGUUGCUAAUAUUUUAACGAAGUUUAAUUACAACUAUGUUUUUUACACCUGUGAAUGGUGGCUCUAGAAAGGUAAAAUCAAUUUCUGGUGAUUGUACAAAAUCUGACAUGGUGUUAAUCUGUAGUCUUUUUUUUUUCUCAAGUUAAAACUAAUAAUUUAUUAUAUGGUUUGUUGUGGCUAAA